CGGUACGCCGCCGUUCAGCGGGCCACUUCCGGCGUCAAGGGGGCGGCUGAGGGGUGGCAGUUAGGUGAGGCGGGCCAUGAGGCCUCAGGCGCUUCUGCUGCCAACCGUGAGCGAGCUGUCGGCACGCGGGCGGCCUGGCGCGGCGCUCCGACUGUAGCUGUGUCAGUGUGUUAUGAUGCCGUCUCGUACCAACCUGGCUACUGGAAUCCCCAGUAGUAAAGUGAAAUACUCAAGGCUCUCCAGCACAGACGAUGGCUACAUUGACCUUCAGUUUAAGAAGAGUCCUCCCAAGAUCCCGUAUAAGGCCAUUGCGCUUGCGACAGUUCUGUUUUUGAUUGGAGCCUUUCUCAUAAUCAUAGGUUCCCUCCUGCUGGCUGGCUAUAUCAGCAAAGGGGGGGCAGACCGGGCCGUUCCUGUCCUGAUCAUUGGCAUCCUGGUGUUCCUGCCAGGAUUUUACCACCUGCGCAUCGCCUACUAUGCAUCCAAAGGCUACCGGGGUUACUCCUACGAUGACAUUCCAGAUUUUGAUGACUAGCUAACCCACCCUCAACCCUGAGGAGAAGAGUCACAGAUGGGACUAAGACCAGCUUUAAGAUGCUGAGCAGAUACUGGCAAAGGGCUAAGGCAUUCUGCAGUUUGCAGAUGUUAAACAAAAGAAUGGGUCCAUCCUCAAGAUGUCAACGGAGCUUACAAUUACAAAAUAACUAAUUAGGACAUGCUCUAUUUUUCAUCUCCUGGCUCUGGCAAAAGCUGAUAAGUUUUUCCACACGAAUGUGUAUCUUGGAAGAGUAGCAAUGUUAAUGAUGUGGGAAAGCAGGAGGUUCUUGUGUAGUGCAGAAUGUUACUGCUGCCACCCUUGUUAGAGUUCAGCAUUUCUUUUAAAUAGUUCUCAUUGUCAGUUCUGGUAGCAAAUGGAAGAAUUUAAUAUGUCAAAUUUCAUGUUACUAGUAAUUUAUUUUGAAAACAGAUAAGUAGCUUACCCCUACACUCAUCUCUCACUUUGUGUUCUAGUGGAAGACUUUGGCAAAUCAGAUGUCAGUGUAGGUGCAUCUGUAAUAUUUUUUACUUGCUUUCUUAUUAACAGCAGCCAGGACUUUUUUAAGUCUCAGAGCAGGUUCCUAGAAGGUAAACACCCCUCUGUUCACCAGUCCUUGGUCAGCCACCAGUAAGCUGGCCAUCAUAAAAUAUGGGUUAUUCUGUUCUUUGUAGAUCAAGAUGUUCUGUAUAUCAUGCCUUUAAGGACUGGAUUUUGGCUGUUUCCUAAGGAAAAAAAUGUAGAUAAGUGGUUGUUAUUUAGAAAUUAUAAACUUAUUGUUAGCAUCUUGCAUUAUGAUGUCAUUCUGCUGAAGAUUGCAAGACUCAGCCUGGAUCCCUAAAUGGACUAGACUGCCUUAGUUUGAUUCUGGUUCCUAGCUUGCACAAAGUGACAUAUUCAAAAGAAAUUAAAAUGUCAAAAUCUAAAC